CGCUGACGUCACGAGCGGCGGGUUUUUUCCCGCGAGACUUUCGGUUGUCAGGUCGUGAAUCGAUUAAUCGAUUACUGCGUGUUUCGGUGUCGCGUUGUCGAUUCACUCGUCGGAUCGUGGCGUGCGUGAGAGAGUCAGUUAACAUAUAAUAAUUCGCCUUAUAUGCACAUUUACUCGUUUCACUGAUAGAUGGGAACGAACGAGACAGGCAAAAAAAACCGAGACAGUACAGACGCGACGGAACAAACUUGACGCGGGAAUCGGUUUUGGAAUCUAAUUGUCAUUAAUGUUCAGAUAAUCGAAUCGCGGAGGGUGCGGAUCGCCGUUUGUUUUUGUUACGCGCCCGUCCCAUUACAAACGUCAACGUUAGUGACAGCCAACGUGCUAAAAGCGUUAAUUACAAUGGCAAAUAUCCGCGUAAUUAACACGCGUCGGCUUAUUAACUGUUAAAAGGACGAAGCUAUAUUAAGAUCGUGUUAAUAUUAACAUUUUGUUGGUGCUGCUGCUGGCGAUCGUGAUAAUAUUCACAGAUUGUGCGCUCGCUCUCAUCACAGUGAGAUGAUGCAGAUGAUGAAGAUGAUGAUGGUGGUGGUGAUGGUGACGGUGUUCGCCUUCAUUUAACCAGUGGCGUCGCUGCCGAGUGCCACGGUGAGCAAGCAGCCCCUUUCCUCGGCUACCAUGCAGCGUGGCCAGCUCACCAAGGAGGAGCUGGAUGAGCAGUUUGAGAAGUUCAUGAAGGAGUCGCUGUCCGACGAAUCUGAUUUCACUCGCUCCGGGAGAGUGAGCGCUGCGGGGAGCCCGGAGCGCUCGCGCGACGCAGCCUCAGCUACGCCAGAGCGGCGGCCCUGGUGGAGUGAUGACCGUGACGUCAAUCCCACAGGGCUGAGCGGGGCCACACGGAACUUCCUCAAGUCGUCUCGCGCCAUUGUGGAGGAAGAGUCUGAAGAUGAGGCGAAAGGGCAGCAGCAGCAGAGCAGCCAGAGGCUUCCCCGUCAGGAUGUCCGCAAGGGAACAGCUUCUGUCUCCAUCAGCCGAGACAGUCUUGAAGUGGACGAGGAUGUGGCGGGGUUUGGGUUGGACACCCUGGAGGAGCAGGAGGAGAAGGAGCGCUUCUUUCGGGAGCUGAGUCGAGGCGGGGUAUCCACGCCUCACGAUCUCGCUCAACAGCAGUCGUUACCCUCGCCACCAGGCUCAAUACACGAGCGGAGGCCCAUCUCAGAUGAUUUUGACGACAGUCAGACAACAGUGAGAAGGACGUUCCCUUCAGGUCUGCACAGCGUUGACGUGGGUCAAGAAAGUUCGACGGGCAUUUCGCAGGCUGCACGGGAUGUUUCAGAAGCAGCAGAGCAUCCGGAAGCAGCUGCAGCGGCAGCAGCAUCAGCAGCAGUGAGACCUGAGAUCACAGGGCAAGCAGAUAGUGUGGGUCACCCCGAGACUUCAGCACCACCCAAGAACGGGGGGCCAAGGAAACCAAUUGAAAUCCCAGCACCGACCAGCAUGCUGGCAAAAGUUGCCCUUUUGGACUCAAUGGAUUCGACGCUGGACACUCAGAAGCUGCUUUUGGAUGUGAGGCCGACUCUGGGCGAUCACUAUGAGGAUGAUUAUGAAGAGGACGAUCAUGAGGGGGGCAAUCACGAGGAGGACAAUCACGAAGAAGUCGAACGUGAGGAGGGCAAGCAUGAGACGAGUGACACUCGCAAUGCCUCUGCACCCACUGCAGGACCAUGGCUUGCAGAGAGUGGCAGCGAACUGGAUUCGCUGUGCCGUGUCUACAGAAGCGCUGGCCGGCUGACGGGAGGCAGCGAACCUGGUCAGCCGAUGCGUGACCCCACCAACCAUCCCACGGGUCACCCUACAGGGGCAAACUUGCAUGUACAGCCACAUGGACUCUCUGCCACUGGCUCUGAGGAGGCUCCCACACAGGAAGAGCUGAUGAGGAGAAUUGAGAGUGGAAUGCCGUUUGUGCGAAGCUUCGAUCUGUUGCCUGCCAGGUUGCACCUAGAGGGCCCCUCCGAUGUGACCCCGGAGGAGUCGCAGCUGGAGCCACCUACGGCCCUGACGAUCGCCGCAUCCUCAGACACCCAACUCGAUUUGGUGGGACCAGGCAGACGGCCUGAGCUUGACGGUGUGGCACGCGGUGGCGGUGGUGGUGGCGGUGCUGAUGUUGCGGGAAACCUUGUGGAAACUGCCGACCCGUGGGGGACUGUGGCGUCGACGCGCAGGAGUGAAGGCUUGUCCCCACAACGGGGGACCGACGUGCGACACGCGAUCCAGCAGUCUCCCAAUGUAAGACUUCAGGAGAGCAGAACAGCCAGAGUCGCGGAACCCCAAGUCGUGGAGGCCCGCAAGCUUCGAACCUCCAGCCCGUAUGCCAACGUGAAGAGCUCGGGGUAUGGUCGUUCAUCCAGCCCCGCCAGAGUCGAACGGCCCACGAAGACUGGGCGGGCAUCCACCAGGCACACCCGGCCACCAGCGACUCGUGCAGCCCCUGGGGGAGCCGAAAAGAAGAGCCGUGCGCCCAUGCACUCGCCAUCCAGGGGAAGGACGCAUACAAAGACCGAACCGCGGUUGAACCCGGCCUCCACGUUCAACGCCAACCCUCGUCGCAGAGAAACCCGAAAAGCUGACCUCCCGCCGGUGCCCAGGGCGGGCGUGUUCGUGGACGACGACUUCAUGUCGUGCGUGCGCUCGCUGGCUGGCUACGUGGACGGGCGCAUAAGGAGUUCUCUGCUUUGCGACUCGGCUGAGAGACAAGCCGACCAACUAUUUCAUGGGGCCUAUUCUUCCUCCCCUCCACGAGGGGGAGCCUCGCCCCCUACGAAAGAGCAGCAGGGCGGUCCCACGGCGGAGCUCCAUCAUGGGGAUGGCCACACAGGCGCGAGGGAGAGAGCCAGUGGCUCUGUGCUUGUACAGGAGCCGAGCAAGGAGCUCCGCGAUAGGUGCACGGAGUUCCUCCGCCGUGAGGAGCAGCUGAAUGCGGAGCACGCGAGGGAGAUCGCUGAGCUGAAGCAGCAGAACUUUGUGUUACAUGCGAAACUGGUCGGCGAGGAGAGUGCACGGACUGAGAGGCAGACUCCGGGCAACUCGGUGGACGAAAAACUGCACCACCUGGAGAAGGAGCUGCGUCAGCAAGAAGUCAUUAUCCAGGGCUACCACCAGGAGAACGAGCGACUGUACAAGCAGGCUAAGGACCUCAAGACAAUGAACUGGGAGAGUGAGCAGCAAAUGGUUCAUGAGAACCAGCGGCUGAGCGCAGAGCUUCUAAACCUUAAGGAGGAGCUGGCACAAAAGAAGGAGCAGAUUUCCCACCUGAGAGAAGCCGUCGCUCCCACCCGGAACCGGUCGGUAACUGGCGACCUGGAGGGGGAGCUGUCAAGUGCGCAGCGGGAGCUGGAUAAGUUGAGACAGGAGGUGAGGAGCAUGAAGCUGGCCAAUCAGAGCCUGGAAGUGGAGUUGAACAAGGCCAAGAAGGAGUGCGAGAAUGCCAAGACACAGGCCACCUACCUGUCAGGUGACAAGGAGCACGAGCUGAAGGUCGUGGAGCAGCAGCACCGGCAAGAGGUGGAGCGCCUUGCCCGCAAGGUGGCGUGGUAUGCCGAGAACCAGGACAUGCUGGACCGCGACGCAGCGCGACUCAAGGCUGCCACUGCGCAGAUUGAGGCCCUCAAGCAGCAGGUGGAAGAGCUGCAGGCUGCCAUUCGGGACCGGGGGGAACAGCGCCGCAGGAGCACGGGUGAGCGAGCGGCUGACGCCCGGAGGAUUCAGGACCUGGAGAGACAGGUGCGGGAGAUGGAGGAUAUCUUGCGCCGACGCCACCCCAACUCUCUGCCGGCGCUCAUGUACGCGGCGGCGUCUGUGGGCGACCGUGCGCUGGGUUCGGACGCGGCACCAGGCGGCUCGGCCGAGCUGCUGGAGCGCCGGCUACGCAAGCUGGAGGCGGAGUUGGAGGCCAAGGACGAGGAGGCCAAGCGUGGUCUGCGCGUCAUGGAGCAGCAUUACAACAAGAUGAAGCUGCAGUACGAGCAGAGGAUCAAAGGGCUGGAAGAGGUUCUUAGAGAGCGGCCGCCUCCCUCCUCCGGUGCCGGCUACUCGCCGCACUCGUCGCUCGACCACCUGUCCGUGCUCAAGGCCGGUUACGAAGCUCGCGAGCAGGCCCUGGCUGCCGAGAACGAGCAGCUGCGGUGCCAGCUGCGGGAGCUGGAGGGGAGGGGCGCCGCUCCAGAGGGCCACUUCAGAGACGGUGCUCGGGACGCAACGGACCACAGCCGCCUAGAGGCGGUGGUGCACGAGAUGAGGAAGAAGAAUGACGAGAUGGAGGGAGCGGUGGGGCGGGCGGCCGCCGGCGAAACACGGCUGGGCAGACGGGGCGGUAAAAGCGCCCGUCGCAAACACGGCAACAUCAAGAAGCGUGUGCAGUUUGAGGGUGAAAGGUCGAAAGGCUUGGGUAUCGCAGAGGCGAAUGGUGACGUGAAUGCACAGGCGCUGAACCUAUACAAUCAUAACAAGAGUGGGAAUGGUGGUGGUGGUGGUGAUUGUGGUGAUGGUGAGGAAGAAGAGGUGGAGGAAUUGGAGGAGCGUCACCAGAGGGGUGCGGAGUCGCCCACGCAGAGCGCUCGGCUCAAGGCGGAGAUGGAGCGACUGGCGCUGGAUGCAGAGCACCAGCGGGUGAAACUGCAAGCCUUGCUAGCGCGGGCUGAGGCAGAGACUUGCAGGUCCAGGGAGGAGGGAGCGGCACAGAUGGCAGCACUGAGGGAUGGCCACAAGAGGGAGCUGGAGCGCUUGAUGGCACAGCAAGCACUCCAGCAUGCCAGCACGCGCACAGCCGAGCUCGCCAACCAGACCAGCGCUCAGGAGGUGAUGAUCGCUCACCUUCGACAACAGCUAUCGGAGCUGCAGGAGGAACACGAGGAGCUAAUGUUGUCGCGUCGCCGCGAACAGACGCUGCAGGACCAGGUCGUGCGCCUGCUGCAGGAGCUGGGGGAGGCGAGGGAGACGCACACACCCGAGAUGAAACAGUUCCGCGCGCUGGAGGCCAAGGUGGUGAUGAUGGAGCAGCGGCACUUGCGCAGGGAGCAGGAGCUCACGCAGCUGGUGCAGCGCACGCGACAGAGCGGCGAGCAGGAGCGCAGCCGGGAGGCGGUCGAGUGGCGGCGCCAGGUGCUUCACAAGAACGCGGAGCUGGAGCGCUUCCGCUCGGAGCUGGACUCCAUCCUGGAGGUGCUGCGGGAGCUGCAGAGGCAGGGGGUUGUCAUCCCGGCCAUGGGCGCAGCGCGCACGGGUGCCACCUGACUCCCAAAUCUUCACAAAGGCAGCGCCACAAUAAGGGGACAGGGAUCACUGUUGCACACACCUGUGUCACCCUCCAUCUGUUAGAUCGUAUCCCACCCCGCGCUAAGUAUCCACGUGUGCCCUGAUGGAGUUGGUGGACAUGGAGAUGAGGAGCCAGUUAUCUUCAUUUUUAACGUUAUAAUAAUUUAUACUGUAAGAACAAGUGGUAAAUGAGUGGAUUGAGAGAUGCUGUAGUCAGAAUGGUGGGCCUCCAUUUAUACACAAAGGAUCCGGGUUCAGUCCAUCAAUAGGGUAACAAUGUCGUUUUUUAUAUAAUGACUCAUUGCACCUUAAUAUAUAGUCCAAAUAAAAAAUUGUUGCAAACCUAAAAAAAAUAUUGUAACCCGAGCUGACCAAUUGAACCCCAUUCCGUCAUGCCUUCCCAGUGUCUUAGCCCUUUGGCUGAAGCAUCUCCUCACCAAGUGACACCGUUUUUUUCCAUACUUGGAUUUAUGCAGAAAUUAUCCCCCACCUGUAUUAUCGUCGCACAACCCAUUUUCCCGCAUCUCCGCCAGCUCACUCACCAGCCCCCACCACUUGAGUGGAGGAGGUGCCGCCACUGUCUUAUCAACUCCGGCGGUUGUCAUCGCGCCCGCCGUGGGACUAAUGUAACUAGGUGCUGUGGCUCGUAAGCAACGCAUUUGAAUUGUUUUCAAGGAAUAUGGAACACAAAAGAAACAGCUCUUAUGUUGUAAAUAUGUACGAAGCCACAUUUUCUGCGGGGGAUGUUACUUGUAGCUGCACAGCUUUAAACUGAAAUGUUGUUUAUAUGAGAUCAUCUUCGCAAGAGUUAUUGUGACCCACUGCUACUUUAAAAUCACUUGUCAGACGCCCUCCAGUGACGCACUGUUGCAUGAUCUAGUGGGGGUGACUACUGAUGGCUGUGCGUGCAUUUGAACGUAAUUUUCAAAUGUUCUUUUCUCAUUCAUGAAACUUUUAAUUAAUGUUUUACAGACCAGGGCACCACAGUCUGUGCAUCUAUAAAGUUGUUUGUUUUGCAUUGUGUGUUAAUUUUUAAUGUCCAUACCAAGGCAAGUAGGUGGUGUGUAAUUGAAGUUAUGUUAGCCACAAUGUGAAUAAUGAUGCAUUUCUCACUUCAUGUCCUGUACAUUACACCGUCUAUUCAGGGUGCGCUAACAAGGCUUCGCAAUGGUUGUUUUUAUAAAGUGGUUUACAGUAAUUAUUUUACCUCUGUAAUCUAGACUUUGUAUUGCUAUAUUUAAUUUUUUAAUAAAAAAUAUUUUUUGAAGUGAA